CUGAAUUUACGUGUUUUUAUUCUACAGGAACCUACCACUUAGGGCUUUAGAAAGAUGAAGAAUUGUAUGUAUUUACUUCUGGUUGGUGUGAUUUUGAUAUCAAAGUGCGAUGAAGUAUUUUUAGACGAUAAAGUUUCGGUGGAGAAAUCCGAAGAGAGAAGUUUGACAAGUGAAGUUGUCGGCCUUUUAAACGGAACUUAUUUCAACCUAAACGAGAAAGUAUGUCAGUUACAAAGGCGAGUCGAUACAAUCGAACGAGACACAGACUCCAACAUUCAAUGUGAAUGUAACAAUACGGAAAUACUCGAGUUCAAGCAAUCGAUAUCCAACGAACUGAAAGACUUCUCAAAAUUCCUGUCCGGGUUUGAAAAUGAAAUACGCCUUUUGAAAAAUGAGCAGACAGAACUACGAGAGAUUUUGGACGGAGGAGACAUUGACGCCAGUACAACUUCCAGCCCCACCACUUCCUCCACUACAACCACACCACGAGUCUGUGACGAUGGCUGGAUCGUAUCUCCGGAAAAAUGUUACUAUGUCUCUAGUUCCUCUGAGAAAACGGGGUGGGCUACAGCAGUAAGCCGCUGCAAGUAUAAGGGAGCAAAUCUGGUCGAGAUCAAAACAGACGAGGAAUCUCGAUUCAUAAUGCAACAUUUGCCGAGCCGUGUUGGAAACAGUGAUAUCGUGUACACUGGACGGGAAAGGAAUGACGCAAACAAAUGGGUUUUUCUCAGCAACGGCGAGAACGUUGAUACAUCGGUGAGGUCAUGGGCUGAAGGGGAACCGGACAAUACACGCGAACAGACAUGUGGAUGUACCCGCAAGUCCGACAACUUCAUGAUGCAUGACUGUGUCUGUGGAGGUUUCAGCCUCUUCUAUAUCUGUGAAAUUACACGUUAAGUCCCCUUUUGGCGUACAGGUGACGAUGUAAAUAGAGCAUAUACUGUUUGUCAUAUAAAAUAUCAUGUCAGCAGGAAUAUACUUUAAUACUGAUA